AUGGUGGAUCGUAAUCUGAGCAUCGAGCGUCCUAGUUACCAUAGCCUGAACAGACUGAUAGCACAAAUAGUCAGUUCUAUCACGGCCUCUCUUAGGUUUGAUGGUGCUCUCAACGUCGACCUGACAGAGUUUCAGACAAACCUUGUGCCGUAUCCACGUAUCCACUUCCCACUGGCCACCUAUGCUCCCGUAAUCUCAGUCGACAAAGCCAACCAUGAACAGCUGAACAUCUCGGAGAUAACAAACGCCUGCUUUGACGUCAACAGUCAAAUGGUGAAAUGUGACCCUCGGAACGGAAAGUAUAUGGCUUGCUGCCUGCUCUACCGGGGCGAUGUGGUGCCGAAAGACGUGAACAGCGCGAUUGCCGCGAUUAAGGCGAAAAAGUCCAUUCAAUUCGUCGACUGGUGUCCGACUGGAUUCAAGGUGGGUAUCAACUAUCAGGCACCAACCGUGGUGCCCGGUUCUGAGUUGGCCAGUGUCAAGCGGGCUGUCUGUAUGCUGAGCAACACGACUGCAAUAAAAGAGGCCUGGCAGCGGCUUGAUCAGAAGUUUGACCUAAUGUUCCAGAAGCGGGCCUUUGUCCACUGGUACGUGGGUGAGGGCAUGGAGGAGGUGGAGUUCACGGAAGCCCGCGAAGACUUGGCCGUACUGGAGACCGACUACGAAGAGGUGGCAAGUGACACUCUGGACCAUGAGGAGGAAGGGGUUCAGGAUGAAUUCUGA